UUCUUUUUCGCCCUGUUCUCGUCCAGAGGCGUUUACCAAAGCAGCUUUUAAUUUUUAUUUUACCCCUGUACCUGUUAUGGUCUCACUUUGACCCGAUUGCAGCUGCACCAAUCCCCGGCGGUGGCAGGAAACUUCGCCCACCAAUCCGCGGCAGCAGUUUUCUUCCUUUUUCCCUCUGUGAAUGGGAGGAUCGCUUCUAGAUGGAUGCUAGAUUUGGCACUUCCGCAUGGGCAUAUCGACAUACCUUCAACAUAUAUAUUCGGUACCACAUCCCUUCCUUUGAUUCCUCAUCACACACUCUCUUCUUUUUCUCGUUUUAUUUUCUUUAUUCUUCCUCACUCUUCUUGCUUUCCUCCUCGCAUCCCAGUCCUCCUAUACCAUACUCAACCAACCUUCAACACACACCUUUUUUUUUACGCGAUGCCUCCACUCACCCCGACCUCAAACUCCCUUUCUUCCAUACUCCCAUCUCUUAGCCGGGCGCCCUCUCGGACGCCGACGCCCGCUCCAACUCCGAUUCCUAAGAAACCCCACGUGCUCAUCGUCGGCGGCGGUAUCGGCGGCCUCACCCUCGCCAUCUUCCUCGAACGUGCACAGAUCCCCUACACAGUGCUCGAGCGCUCCUCACACGUCCGACUACUCGGGUCUGCCAUGGCGCUCGGACCAGGUGUGCUCCCACUAUUUGAGCAGCUGGGCUUGUUCAAGGAGAUGGAGCAGAGCUCUCGACCCGUCACCCGUGGGAUGGUCUGGAGCGAGAAACUGGUCCCGAUCAUGGACCUUGACCACACAUCCACUCAGAAGAGAUAUGGUUACUUGACAAGAGUCAUCGGUCGCCCAAAGCUCUAUGAGAUCCUAUUAUCUCACGUACCGGCCGAAAAAUUGCACAUGGGAAAAAGAGUCGCCUCCUUCACUCAAUCUCUAUCGCCACAUCAGCAGCAACAGGAGCAUCCAAUCACCAUCACCUGCGAAGACGGAUCCACGUUCCACGGCGACAUCCUCGUCGGCGCCGACGGCGCCUACAGUAUCACACGCCAUCUCCUAUACCAACAAAUCGAAGACGACUACGCAGCCUCUCUAGGAGCAGGAUUCUCAUCAUCAUCACCAUCGUCUUCUUCGCACCCCUGCUGCUUCCCGCUUCCAGACUCGGAUAAGGAACCUUUGGUCUUCACUUCCACGUGUCUCGUGGGCCAAACGCGUCCAGGUCUGGAUAUGAACAAAUUCAAAUACGUCCGCGGGCCGGAUUGUAAAGUCGGAAGCAUCAUCGGCGACAAUAAGCCUUACUCUUGGAGCGUUUUCAGUAUGCCGGACGAUUCGAUCUGCUGGAUGGUCACUGAACACCUGGGCGAAUCCUUCACAGCGCCCUCUCCCUCAACAUGCCCAUCCUUGACCUCGACCCCCGUACCCUCCCGUCCCACCUCUCCAACAGAGUCCACAUCCUCAAAGGGGGACGAGUCAGAUAAUUCCGAUAGCUCAGCAGAGUGGGGCCCACACAGGGUCGGGGCGAUGUGCGAUCAGGUCAAACGGUUCCCGAUUCCGUGCGGCCCUGGACUGACCAUGUCGGAUUUGAUCAAACAUACGGAUCGGGAAAAGAUCUCUAAGGUCAUGCUUGAGGAAAAGUUGUUCGAGACAUGGUCCUACGGACGAGUCGUUCUGCUCGGAGAUGGUAAGGAGAUGCACCUGUUUUGCUCUUCAUCUGCGUGUUGUCGUUGUUGUCGAAGUAAGUUAUUAACCUCCUCUCUCCUCAAUUUCAUUUAUCUCUGUCUCAUGCUGCUUGUUUGCUUGCUUGCUUUUCUCUUGCCGAUAGCGUGCCACAAGAUGCACCCGUCUGCUGGUUUGGGCGCCGUGGCCGCAAUUCAGGAUGCUGCCGUACUAUCGGAUCUGCUCUACCACCUCCCUCCGUCCCAUUCUCUCAAUGAUAUCUCCCGCGCCUUUGAAGCGUACCGCAACGACCGCUACCCGCUCGCUCAACAAUCGUACGAGACCAGCUACCAAAUGUCACACCUCAACGAGCAAUCGUGGAUUAGCAAUUUCAUCCGCAAAGUGAUGAACAAUCUCCCGAAAUGGAUCUGGUAUCGCGUUCUCGACCGGAUGUACGAGUAUCGUCCCCAAGUAUCUUUCCUUCCCAACGUCCACGAUCGCGGCGACGUACCGCCUCUGCCACGGUCCUAUUCCUUCGGUACUCAGAUAAAGCCAAAUACACAUAUGGAACUAGAUCUGGGCUUGGGCAUGGAUAUGGGUAUCGACCCGUAAAUCAAAAUAAAAAGUCGGGAACGCUCGCCAUCUAAACGCUCG